CUUGCCUUACUAAGUCGGGCUCACUCGCCUGGCAUCGCAGCGCCCUCUUUCUCCGGAGCUCAGCGCUUCAACAUGUCCUGCCAUACGCCGUCCCCACGCGGCCACAGCAUCCUGGCCUCACCCAACAGCACACUGAACGAAACAGCCCUGCUACCUGAGAUGGAGCCCAUUCUACCAGACCUCUGCAUUGAGCAGCUGUGGACAGAAACCAGCGCUAUCUCCAGGGAGAAAGGCUGCCAGGCCGCUAAAAUCUUCAUCACCUCUGACCUGUGUGAGAACAGGUACCUGUGCUUCCUGGUCGAGUCCCACCAGCAGCUCAGGUGUGUAAAAUUCCUUGAGAGCAAUGAAACUUCUCAACUGAUAUUUGCAUCAGUGACCGUUAUCACCGCAAAAGAUGCGGCCCCUCUUGAGGACAUUCAUACAAUGCUGGUGCUUGAGGCCAAUGGAAGUCUGGUCUUGUACACAGGAGUCACACGGGUCAGCAAAGUGUUUGUCCCUGGCCUUUUGUCUCCUACCUUCAGUGUGCAAAACCACCAGCCGCAGUUAAGCACCCCUCUGGAGAACAUCAGCACCCCCGCAAGGGCCACGGUUCAGCAUAUGAGCCGACUGGAGGAGGUUGGCAUGCCGUCUCCUGUGUUGGAGGUGCGCAGCGCGACGCAGCACCACGAGUCGUCAUGGCUGGAAGACUCUUCAUUCCAGCAGGCUGCACCUCACAUCCACACCCUCCGAGACCCCGUCAGCAACAGAGUCACGCUGGAAUUGAGCUCCGGUUCCAUGUUAAGAAUCACCAUUCCCGAGGUGGCCACUUCAGGGCUGGUCAAGCGUUGCUUGCAGGCCAUCAGGUUUAUUUUACCCAAGGACACUGCCAUGAAAGUGCUGGUCAAGUGGUACAACAGUUACAACGCCCCUGGAGGUCCCAGCAUGCACCUGGAGUGGAACCUGUUUGUUACAUGGAUGUUCAUUUCGGAUUGGGGAUACCUCAGAUGCUCCGACUACCAUUGGCAGGUUUCCAUGCGCCCUGCGGUGGCCGUUCAGGGCCUGGAGCUGGUGUCGCCCCCCGGUGGAGUGGAUAACCACGAGUCCGCUAUGGGUUUAGAGUCGUCUGCCCUGCUCUUUCCACACAUCCCGGUGCUCUUCUACGUUCUGCAUCUGCUCUAUGAAGACCUGAAGCUGGACGAGCUGCAGCGGAGCGGGGCGAGAGCUCUGGUCGGUCUGCUGCAACAGCUGGCCAAGGACCUGCAACUGGAGGAUUUCAUUGAUCUGUACUGGCGCGAUUACCCCUCAUUCAUCAAAACGUUCAAGGAGGCCUGCGUGAUUGAUCAAGCUCAGAUGGAGCUGAUGACUUGGCCGGUGUUCCUGGAUGGGGAGGCCCCGUGUGUGUUCAGCUGGCUCAGUCGCUGUCUGAGAGGGCAAGAUGUGGCGCCUUUUCCUUAUCUGCCUGGCAUCUGUGAGAGAACCAAACUACUGGUGCUGAGCUAUGCCCUGUACGUGGUCGGAGAUGAGGAUGCGAUCUCGACAAACAUGUUGAAGUACCUCUCCAGGCUGUCAGCAGGGCAAAAGAAAAACACGAGUGAUCCUUUUCUGAGAAGGCAGAGCAGCGUGAAGCCCGCACCUUCAUCUGAAUGCCUGGCUGAGAAGCUGGUGGUGUGGUUGACCUCUGCAGGAUUUACACUGAAGGAUCUGGAGUCGGUUCCAUUUGGUGUGGCUCUGCCAAUCAGAGACGCCAUCUACCUGUGCAGAGAGCAUCCCUGCUCUGAUUGGUCUGAGGAGGUCUGCGCUCUGAUUGGACGACAGGACCUGACCAGACAAGCUCACAAAGUGACCCUGGCCAAUCGUAAAUCGACUGUGGGUCUGAAUGUUAUGCUUGAGCCACCAGUCACCAGUGAAGCCGACGAGGAGGAGGAUGGUAUGACAGACCUGCACCCAGAGGUGACGGGGCUGAUCUGGAGUCAGGAUCUGAGGGUGCAGGAGGUCCGCCGUCUGCUCCAGAGCUCCAGACCCAUCCGGGUCAAUGUGCCCCACCUGCCUGAAGUCAGUGACCAUGAGUACAUAGAGGAGAAGGAGAACAAGCUGCUGCAGUUGUGCCAGCGCACCAUGGCUCUUCCGGUGGGACGGGGACUCUUCACUCUUUUCUCAUACCACCCUGUGCCAACCGAACCACUCCCUGUGCCCAAACUCAACCUGACUGGCCGCGCUCCUCCCAGGAACACCAUGGUGGAUCUGAACAGCGGUAACAUCGACGUGCCGCCCAACAUGACCUGCUGGCCCAGCUUUCACAACGGUGUGGCGGCUGGUCUUAAGAUCGCUCCUGCUUCUCAGGUGGAAUCUGCCUGGAUUGCGUACAACAAACCCAAAAGUGCUGACCUGGCCAACGAAUAUGCCGGUUUCCUCAUGGCACUGGGACUCAACGGCCACCUCACUAAACUAGCAACACUUAACAUCCAUGACUACCUCACCAAGGGUCACGAGAUGACGAGUAUCGGGCUCCUGCUGGGUGUUUCUGCUGCCAAACUGGGCACCAUGGACAUGUCCAUCACCCGUCUGCUAAGCAUCCACAUUCCCGCGCUGCUGCCGCCCACCUCCACAGAGCUGGAUGUGCCUCACAGCGUGCAAGUGGCCGCUGUGGUCGGCAUCGGUCUGGUUUACCAGGGCACCGGUCACCGGCACAACGCAGAGGUGUUACUGGCAGAGAUCGGACGUCCACCUGGUCCUGAGAUGGAGUACUGUACAGAUAGGGAGUCCUACUCCCUAGCAGCAGGACUGGCACUUGGCAUGGUCUGCCUGGGGCACGGCAGUAACCUGAUCGGGAUGACUGACCUGAACGUGCCUGAGCAGCUCUAUCAGUAUAUGGUGGGAGGUCAUCGGCGCAUGCAUGCUGGCAUCAACAGAGAGAAACACAAGUCUCCCAGCUAUCAGAUCAAGGAGGGUGACACUAUCAAUGUGGACGUGACCUGUCCUGGUGCAACACUUGCCCUCGCCAUGAUUUACCUGAAAACAAAUAAUAGGUCUAUAGCUGAUUGGUUGAAAGCCCCGGACACCAUGUUCCUGCUGGACUUCAUCAAGCCUGAGUUUUUGCUGCUGAGGACGCUGGCCAGAUGUCUUAUCAUGUGGGACGAGAUCAUUCCCAAUGCUGAUUGGGUGACCAGUAAUGUGCCUCAGAUCAUCCAAGAAAACAUCGGAAACCAGGAGCAGACACCCAUCUCUGAGGAUCUCAACAUGGAGACCUUAGUUCAAGCUCAUGACUAUAUAAUUGCUGGAGGCUGCCUGGCCGUGGGAUUCCGGUUUGCUGGGUCUGCAAAUUCAGAUGCUUUUGACUGCUUAUACAAAUUUGCCAGAAACUUCAUGCAGUGUCUGACGACCUCCACGGUUACAGUGACAGGGCAGUAUAACCUGCAGACGUGUUUAAGCAUGGUCCUCCUGGCGGUUUCAAUGGUGAUGGCUGGUUCAGGGAACUUGAAAGUGUUGCAGCUGUGCCGAUUCCUCCACAAACGCACCUUUGGCGAGAUGAACUAUGGCUUCCACAUGGCCCAUCACAUGGCUCUGGGCCUGCUCUUCCUGGGUGGAGGGAGGUACACGCUUAGCACCUCCAACUCGGCCAUUGCUGCCCUCCUUUGUGCACUUUAUCCUCAUUUUCCUGCUCACAGCACAGACAACAGGUAUCACCUCCAGGCGUUGCGCCACCUGGCUGUGCUCGCAGCAGAACCGCGUCUGCUGGUGCCAGUAGAUGUGGACACCCUCAAACCCUGCUACGCUCUGCUAGAUGUCACCUACAAGGAUACGCAGUGGUACGAAGAGACGACCGUGGAGUUGAUGGCUCCCACUAUGCUGCCUGAACUUAACCUUCUGAAACGGAUUAAGGUGAAAGGUCCAAGAUAUUGGGAGCUGAACAUUGACAUCAGUAAAGGAACCCAACAUCUGCAAUCCAUCCUAUCCAAAGACGGCGUUCUGUAUGUGAAGUUGCGCGCCGGACAGCUGCCCUACAAGGAUGACCCUCAAGGCUGGAAGAGCUUACUGGCCCCCAACCUCAACAACAGAAGUGCUGAAGUGCGCACUUUUAAGCCCGAGGCCAUCUCAACCUUCACCUCUGACGUGGCUCUGGUCUCCUUCGCCGAGUACUUCUGCAGGGCCUCGGAAAACAUGAAGCAUAAGCAGGAGACCGUGGCAUUACUGUCAGCAAUUCUGUAUGAAUGUGUGACACAGGAAUACCCAGAAAUGCUGCCAACACACAUCUCUAUUGACCAGGCCGUGCGGACUCUGGAUCGAGGCGAUCUCUGUGAGACAUUCAGUCUGUGGCAGAUGAAGCUGGUGCUGGAGUUGUGUGAGAGCCGAGUCCUGCAGCAGCGGCUCAGAGACACACGGCGUCAGGGCCGCGGCCUGCUGCUCAGUUCAGAGUUCCUGCCCGUCAUGAAGAGCUCAGCCGACCGAGCCCUGGAUUGCUGGCUCUGUGAUAACAGUCACGUGCUGCAAGCGUACAUGAGAAGACAGCCGAUGAACAACGACACUGAUGUCAACAUGUUAGCCUGCUUCCUGGUCUACCAUUCUACCCCCAGCCUCAAGAACAUGGUGGCAUCUGACCUGGAAGGAUGUUCCUGUUUUCCAAAGCUGCUGCUCAAGAGCAGUCAGUUGGGUGUUCCUGUACGUGCUCUGCUGCGUUUGAGUCCUCUGCUCCUUCAGAAACAAGAUUCUGGAGUUUAACCCACCAAUUCCUGGAGGUCAACCAACCUUCUGCUUAUCCAGGUACCGCAGGGUCAUGGUUGCCUUGUCCUCACAGGCCACAGGAACCCGCUGCAAGAUUUAUUAUGUGGACAUUUUUAUCACAUGAUUGUGUCUUUGAAGUGCUGGAGAAACAGGCUUGCUCACCCCUAUUUUGACAUGUAAAUAGUUUGUAACUAUAUUUGUACCUAUAAUUCAGUCAAUAAAUAUGACUUGAGGAAAUGGUUUUCAUAAAGUAUGCCUGGCUUGUAUUAAAUACUUGUAAAAAUACUUGUUCUGGUAUGGUUUUGUCAGUUUUGCAGGGGAUUUUUUUUUUUUUUGGCCAAGGCAAGCAUUACUAUUAAGGGGCUUUCACACAUGCAACAAUUACUCAGUUGGCGGAUCCAACACUGGCAAUCUUCAU